AUGCAACCGUUCGGAUAUGUUUACGAUGAGCGCAUGCUCGGACACGACUGUAAGUACGACAGUACGAUGACCGAGUGCCCGAAGAGGAUGAAGUUGAUCCACGAGAGACUUCAGAAUGAGAAACUGCUCGAUGGAGCACUGAAGGUACGCGCCUCAUGUCUAGUUGAAUGAAUGUAAUCGGUUUAGAUAGAAGCUCGUGAAGCAGACGACUCUGAGAUCCGUCUAAACCAUCCACAACAACUGAUCGACGAGAUCGCGGCACUGAACUCCAACGAAAAGUGCGAAGAAUACUGUAAGGAUAAGGAGAUUCUGUGGACCUGUGAGAGCACGAACGAAGCCGCCCGAGUGGCCAUCGGAGGAUGCAUCGAGCUGGUGAAAGCAUCCCUCGAGGGGAAGGUUCACAACGGAUUCGCCAUCGUCCGUCCGCCAGGCCAUCAUUCGUACGGAACGGUUCCGCAGGGAUACUGUAUCUUCAAUAAUGUGGCCAUUGCGGCAAAGUACGCAAUCGAGAAACUGGGAGUCAAGAAAAUUGCCAUCGUGGAUUUUGAUUAUCAUGCUGGAAACGGAACAUACAUGUCUGUGAAAGACGAGGAUCGCAUCCAUUUCACCUCUUUCCAUGCGUACCACUUUGGAUCUUUCUGGCCGUUCAGCACUGAAUACGACUACGCGACCAAUGACCGUGAGUUGAGAGAAGAAGAAGAACAGUCGUAACGACUUCUAUUUCAGCCAACACGUUGUUCGUGCCACUCAACGGAACAAUGAACACGGAAGGAGACUUUGUUUCCGUUUUCCACCACGUUCUCCUUCCAAUGCUCAAACAAUACCAGCCUGAGUUGAUCCUCAUUUCGGCUGGUUUCGACGCCGGUUACUACGAUACAAUGAUGGAAUUCGGACAGGGAGUGAAGGCUCACGGGUAGACCGAAGGGACUUCCUCGGCACAUUUCAGUGGUUCCCUUUCAGUUACGCUCAUAUGGCUCGUCUUCUUUGCGAACUGUGCCCAGGACGGACUGUGGCCGUUCUGGAAGGCGGAUAUCAUGAUCACAACUACACGGAGAGUGCUUCGAUGCUCGUCAGAGGACUUCAGAACAAACCGAUUCCGCGCCUUGACAUCCCUUCCCGCUUCUCCGGGGCACUUCUGGAGACUGUCUGGAACAUUCUUAAUCACCAUUCCAAGUGGUAUCCGAAGUUGGAAGAACGACUGAAGCUCUUGGAAGAACAACAGAAGGAACUCGGUUUGGCUCCGUUUGCUUUCAAUCAGACGGUAUUUCUGGGACACAGUAAGCUUAUCCUUGUGUUUGAAAACCUCUUAUGAGCUUCAGAGAUGCGUAAAAUCUACGAUGACGUGAAGAAGAACAGAAUCGUUCGAACGAGGGAGUGGUUCCCUGCGAUGUCGGCAGAACAGGUCGAGAAGUGCAAUAAGAAGAUAGACGAGUACAAGAAACUGUACGAAUUCACUUCGCAGCACCCUGCUCCGUCCGAGUCCCAACUAUUGUCACAGUGCGUGUGGGACAAUGCUUCUCGGUCGGACGCUUUCCUCCAAUCGGCCCCAUUUGCUGCUUUCUUGGUGCAAGAGUUCAAUGAUUUCGUGGAGGGAAAACGGGAAAACAUGAUGAUUUGUGACCGCGAAUUGUAUUUCGAAGCGGCCAAAAAGGGAACAUUGGAAGUUUACGCGCCCAUCACUACUACACGAUAA